ACUAUCGGAAUCGAUCAUCGAUACCAUUGGCAGUCAAAUGCUGCACCGAACUCGUUAAGGAAUAGUGUCGGGUCGUUGAUCACCGAAAAUCCGUCGGUCGAUAAUCAUGGACCUGACGGAUUUGCGCCGGUCCCUGACCGUCGGAGCUACCGGCGAGCUGCGGUGAUUGCCGACGACCCGUCGGUGACCACCGGCCGUAACCUACCGACAAGGCUUGCUCGGUCGGUGACGUUUAUGGCAAACCUUACCGCGGUUCCAAGCGAUCGGCAACCGACCGAUGCUCAAAAUUAUGCCAUCGAUGAAUACCGCGAGUUGCGCUGGCCAUCAACAGGGCUCUUGGUCGGUGAUCACCGAGAAAAAUCUUGUGGUUCGCACAACACUAACAGGGAAUUGUGA